CCGGAAGUAGGUAUGAGUGCGGAAGUGCAGUCAAAACGAAUGAGCACAGUUCAAUCUGUGCUAACUGAUAUUAAAAUAAAUUAACUGUCAUUUAGUUUAAAAUUUAAAAGUUUACCAGUGCUGGUUAUUUGAACGGAAAGAUUGUGCAGGUUGUAGCACGUGACCGAAAACCUUUAGCUCACGUUAAUUUCGUAUAUUUGAAGUUGAUGUGUUGAAGAGUUGAAUCAGCUUCAGACUGAUCAGACCACAGUUACAUCCCAACAGGUGUACUGUGCUGUGCUGGCAGCAGACAGACAACAUGUCCUGAUGGAGAACAUCCGACCACGUCUGAAAUUUGGGAAUAAAGUCGAAGAUGUGAAACUGAGGAAACGAAGAUCCCAACUGUACUCAAAGGAAGAUAACAGUCCUCUCAAUGACGGUGUGCUGAGGACCAGAGUUGCAGUGUUUGCUGUGGUGUUCAGACUGAUUAACUGCUUCCUGGUUCAGACCAGCUUUGUCCCUGAUGAGUAUUGGCAGUGUCUGGAGGUCUCCCAUCGUAUGGUCUUCAACUAUGGGUACCUGACCUGGGAAUGGAAGGCAGGAAUAAGAGGAUUCACCUAUCCGCUCUUCUUUGCAUUCAUAUACAAGAUAUUAUACUUCAUAAACUACGACUCAGUCUAUCUCCUGAUAUGGCUUCCACGUAUAACUCAAGCGCUCCUGGCUGCAGCUGCAGAUGUGAAAUUCUUCUUCCUCAUCCGAACGUUGGAAAGUCGUGACGUUGCAAAAUGGACUUUCUUCUGCCACAUGUGCUCGUGGUUCUCGUGGUACUGCUGCACCAGGACUCUGACCAACAGCAUGGAGACUACCAUCACCUGCCUGGCUCUGUUUUACUUCCCCCUGCCUGGGUCCAAAACACACAGCAGCAAAAUAUAUCUGACCCUGGUGGCCUUGGCUGUCAUUGUUCGACCGACAGCCCUGAUUGUCUGGUUUCCUCUGCUGCUGUACCAUUUCUGGCAGGAAGAUAACAAACUGAGGCUCAUUACUCAUUACGUCAUUCCCAUAGGAGCUUUGGCUGUUGUGAUUUCAACAGUGAUCGACUGUAUGUUUUAUGAAAAGUGGACCAUGGUGCAAUUCAACUUCCUGAAGUUUAACGUCCUCCACAGUGUGGCCGAUUUCUAUGGCUCCCACCCCUGGCACUGGUACUUCACUCAGGGGUUUCCUGUUGUGAUUGGCCCUCAUCUUCCGCUCUUUCUUCAUGGGUGCAGCAUCGCCUUCAAAAGAUACAAAAUUCUGUUGGCAGCGGUCGUCUGGACGAUCGCGGUGUACAGCUUACUUCCUCACAAGGAGUUCAGAUUCAUCUACCCUGUGCUGCCUUUCUGUAUGAUCUUUUGUGGGACGUCUUUGGCUAAUUUGAAAGCUUGGCGACGAACUGCUGCAUUCCUCCUGUUAGUGAGCAACCUGGGCGGAGCUCUGUACACCGGUCUGAUCCACCAGCGUGGCACUCUGGACGUCAUGAGCCACCUCCAGACACUGUGUAACGUCAGCAGCGUCUCCACCACUCCACCGCCAGAUGUCCUGUUCCUCAUGCCCUGCCACUCAACGCCUUUUUACAGCCAUGUCCACUGCCCAGUGAGGAUGAGGUUUCUCGAGUGUCCCCCAGAUCUUGGGGAGGAGGGUUACGUCGAUGAGGCGGACAGGUUCUACAACGACCCUCUUCACUGGCUCAGGACUUCAUUUCCAUACAAAUCUUCUCUACCGACCCAUCUGGUUUUGUUUGACGUUUUGGAGAAGGACAUCUCCGUGUUUUUGGAUGGGAACAACUUUGUGAGGACAGCAGAGAUAUUUCACACUCAUGUCCCCGAGGGAAGAGUUGGAGGAAGCAUCUUUAUUUAUGAAAGGCACUGACAAACACUGGAACAAUGGCAACUU